CGGCGUCGCGCUAUAAAACCCGGCGGCGCGAGGCGCUGCCACUGUCCAGACCGCGUCCAGCCGCGAGCGCAGACUCUUCACUCCGCCGCCCGUCCGCACCGACACCUAGCUCACCAUGGACGAUGAUAUUGCUGCGCUCGUUGUCGACAAUGGCUCCGGCAUGUGCAAAGCCGGUUUCGCGGGCGAUGAUGCCCCCCGCGCGGUCUUCCCCUCCAUCGUGGGACGCCCAAGGCACCAGGGCGUGAUGGUGGGCAUGGGCCAGAAAGACUCCUACGUGGGUGAUGAAGCCCAGAGCAAGAGAGGCAUCCUGACCCUGAAGUACCCCAUCGAGCACGGCAUUGUUACCAACUGGGACGACAUGGAGAAGAUCUGGCAUCACACUUUCUACAACGAGCUGCGUGUCGCCCCCGAGGAGCACCCCGUGUUGCUGACCGAGGCCCCCCUGAACCCCAAGGCUAACCGUGAAAAGAUGACUCAGAUCAUGUUCGAGACUUUCAACACCCCAGCCAUGUAUGUGGCCAUUCAGGCUGUGCUGUCCCUGUAUGCCUCUGGCCGAACCACUGGCAUUGUCAUGGACUCCGGUGAUGGGGUCACCCACACAGUGCCCAUCUACGAGGGGUAUGCCCUCCCCCACGCCAUCCUGCGUCUGGACCUGGCUGGCCGGGACCUGACAGACUACCUCAUGAAGAUCCUGACCGAGAGAGGCUACAGCUUCACCACCACAGCCGAGCGGGAAAUCGUGCGUGACAUCAAGGAGAAGCUGUGCUAUGUCGCCCUGGAUUUCGAGCAGGAGAUGGCCACCGCUGCCUCAUCCUCCUCCCUGGAGAAGAGCUAUGAGCUGCCUGAUGGGCAGGUGAUCACCAUUGGCAAUGAGCGCUUCCGUUGCCCUGAGGCACUCUUCCAGCCCUCUUUCCUGGGUAUGGAAUCCUGUGGCAUCCAUGAAACUACCUUCAACUCUAUCAUGAAGUGUGAUGUGGACAUCCGCAAGGACCUGUAUGCCAACACAGUGCUCUCUGGUGGCACCACCAUGUACCCUGGCAUUGCGGACAGGAUGCAGAAGGAGAUCACAGCCCUGGCACCCAGCACGAUGAAGAUCAAGAUCAUUGCUCCCCCUGAGCGCAAGUACUCUGUGUGGAUCGGUGGCUCCAUCCUGGCCUCCCUUUCCACCUUCCAGCAGAUGUGGAUUAGCAAGCAGGAGUACGAUGAGUCCGGCCCCUCCAUCGUGCACCGCAAGUGCUUCUAGGCGGACUGUUACCUAGCUGCGAUACACCCUCUCUUGACAAAAAAAUUACCUAACUUUGCGCAGAAAACGAGAUGAGAUUGGCAUGGCUUCAUUUUUUUUCUUUUUUUUUUUUUUUUAAUUUUGUUUCUUUUGGCGCUUUUGACUCAGGAUUUAAAAACUGGAACGGUGAAGGUGGCAGCAGGAGCAGGAGCAAGCAACCCCCAAAGUUCUACAAUGUGGCCAGGACUUUGAUUGUACAUUGUCUUUUUUUUUAAAUAGUCAUUCCAAAUAUUGUGAGAUUGCAUUGUUACAGGAAGUCCCUCACCCUCCCAAAAGCCACCCCAGCCUCCUCCUUCCUGGGAAGGAGGGUGGCCUAUCAGCCCUCCCUCACCCAGUCCAUUCAGGGGAGAGACAACAUUGCUUUCGUGUACAUGGUGUAAUGCGACAUUUUUUUAAUCGCCUUAAUACUUUUUUUAUUUUGUUUUCUUUUGAAUGGUCAGCCAUGGUGACCCUUCUCUCCCUUUUUGUCCCCCCCCUCAACAUGAGAUGUAUGAACGAAGGCUUUUCAAAUCUCCCUGGGAGUGGGUUGAGGUGUGAAAGUGGCCAGGACUCCCCUGUACACUGACUUGAGACCAGUUCAAUAAAAGUGCACAUCUUGAAAA